AUGGCCAGCGCCACCCACAUACCGCUCACAUCCCUCCCUUUUCCACCGAUCACCCCAGCCCACAUCCUUAACUGCUCCUUCCAUUCAUGGCAUCCCCGUUUCCGCCCCCUGACCCCCAAGGCCCGUCUUAUCCCCCUCUCCCAACCAUUUCUAGACUAUCUCCGCGCCGACGGGAUAAUGCUGCCCCCUGAAAACAGGCCCAACGACGCUGACAGUGGCUUCGAAGACGGAUUUCAGAACGAUGAAGACGAGGAGAACGAAGAUCCCUCGGAACAGUGGGCCGACAUCCAUGACAAGAUACGCUCCACGAUUGCCGAACUGGGGGGCAAAGUCAUUCCGAAACUGAACUGGUCGGCGCCCAAGGAUGCCACUUGGAUCGCGACCACGAAUGACAUGGAAUGUCGAACGCCAAACGAUGUGUAUCUGCUGUUAAAGUCAAGCGACUUCAUCACGCAUGACUUGGAGCAUGCCUUUGAUGGAUGCACAAUCUCGGACGACGCUGGGAACGGCGACCAAGCCGAGGCUGAUGUCCGCGCCAAUAGCAAUGAGAUGGUGUUCCCUGAAGUGCCCUACCAUCUUGUACUACGAAAGGCAUUCAAUUUGAACCCCGCGCUUGAAUUUCGAUGCUUCGUCCGCCAACGAAAACUCAUCGCGAUCAGCCAGAGGGAAAUGAAUUACUUUGAAUUCCUCUUCGACCUGCGAGAUCGCUUUAAAAAAUUGAUCCAGGAGUUUUUAGACCAGCACUUGCUACCUGAUAACAGUGAAAAGGGAGGAAAGGGCUUCCCGGACGAAAACUUUGUCGUGGAUGUCUACAUCCCCCCACCUCACGACCGCGUGUGGUUAAUCGACAUAAAUCCUUGGGCACCGCGGACGGAUCCGUUACUCUUCUCUUGGCUCGAAUUAUUGCAAUUGCCACUCCCAGAAGCACCGGGGCCGCGUUCGGAGAUCAGAUUACGGCUAGACAACGCACGACUGGAAGGAGGAAGGGAUGACGGAGACGAGGAAGAAGAGGAAGACGAGGAAGAGGACGAUGUGAUCUUUGAUCCGGAGUUCCGACUCGUGAGACGAGACGACCCGGAGGCCUAUCAAUUCACGGCGACGAAGUACUCGGCGCAUAAACUGCCAAAGGAAGUCGUGGAUGCGAGCAUGGCGCCGGGUGACAUGAAGAACAUGAUGGAAGAGUGGAGGAAAGUCAUUGAUAAGCAAGUGCAGGAGGAUGAGGAUGAGGACGAGGAGCAGGGACAUACUUGA